AUGGAUGCUAUUGGACCUAGAACAAUUCGGUCAUUGGAAAACCCGACUCCAGAACAGGCUGGAGCACAAGUAAAUCCUCAAGGAAGUGGGCAACAGGGGACAGGAGACCCGGGGAACGGUGUUGCCAGCGACAAUACACCCAGAACUGUCCCCUCACCAUCUUCAGUAGCUCGUGUCGCCGGUCAGGCUGGCGACGCUGCAGAACAGCACCCAGAUGGCAACGCUCAGGGGUCUCAGGAUGGAGGCCAGGAUACCAGGCAUGCGCAGCGUCAUCCAUUGAAUGAUACCAACGAUGCGGGGGCCUCUGCUCAAGCGUCCGGCGGAAACCAAACAAACCCCCCUCCGACCACUGCUAGUAGACAUGCGCAGUUCGAAACAAUUGUUGGCCGAGGCGGAUACGAAAACCUGAACUAUAGAAUUCGAAAGGCGCAUAAAUGGCAUACAUAUCAAUAUUGGUUUGUCGCGAUCACAUCGAACUCGCUCCUAUUCCUCCAGGUGCUUAUCGCUGCAUCUUUGACCGCCCUGGGAGCCUUCAACGACAGAAGGGCAAGGACAGCCACCAUCUUUCUCGGUGCCACGAACACGAUCAUCGCCGCCCUCCUGACGUAUUUCAAAACCCGCAAUCAACCCAAUCGAGCUCGACAGUUGCGCAACGAUCUGGGUCGUGUGGUUGAUCAGCUAGACGACGCUGAAGCCAAUCUACGGUCGGCUGACGCGCCGGAUGAUGUUCGUGGUGCGAUCAAAGGAAUCAGAGAUUCGUACCGACAGGCCCGAGCGGAUGCUGAAGCCAAUUAUCCUGAUCUAUGGGUUAGAGCCGGAGACGUGAGAAACCCGUUUGACCCGGAUCGAAAGGACAACCCAUCUGCAUCGACAACAUUAACACUACCAGGACAAUCAGGACAACAGGGACAACAGGGACAAUCAGGACAAUCAGGACAGCCAGGACUCCCAGUUCGAACUGAUGCUUCCAUGUCUGGAGCUCGCAAUGACCCACAAGCCUCCAGCAAUGCAAGGUCUGGUCCGUAG